AUGAUACAUAAUACCGAAAAUUCUAAAAAAUCAAUUCUUCGAUAUCCUUAUUGUUCUAAUGGAGUUAGUCGUCACAUUAAUUAUAAUGUCGAGAAAUUCCGUAAUAGGUUUGUUCGGCACGAAGGGAAAAAAGAAAUUGUGGUUGAUGUUAAUGAAAUAUUACAUGAAAAUGAAAAUACUCUUGAAGGUGAUUGGCCAGAAGUUGUAAAUUGGCUUGUCACAAAAACAGACGAAAAUGCGGAAAUUUUUGAUUUAAAAGAUUUUCCUUAA